GGAUCUCUCAACCGUGAAAAAUGGCCUAUUGAUUUAAUUUAUCAACCCUCUGCAUGCGCAAGGAUUCAAUAUUUUAAAUCGUUGCUCUUUAUUCGCUGUAUUGUGGCAAUGACAGACACACAAUCCCCCACUACCGAAUCACAAACGACGAUCGACGACGCUCGAGCUCGUUCAAGGAGGUCGUUCAUCGCUGUGUUGAAAGCUAAUCGCGAUGUGUUCUCCAACUUGCCGGAAAGGAUUGAGCAGUGGCUUGAGAAGGAAACAAGGGCUACAAAUCAACCCGAAACGACCAAACACGGGUUCGUAAGACCACAUUGAAGAAUGAAUCGAACAUAAGAAUAUUCCGCACACAUCUCUAAGUUUAAUGUCACAUAGUUAAAUAUAAUACGUAGUUAAGUGUCUGGUGUUAACGAGACAACUUCAUCAACAGAUUUUUUCUUGUUAAGCAGAAGAGAUGAGUCAGAAAGAUUAGCACGAUCAGACAUGCAAAAGCAACUGGAAUGUUUUCAAGCGGAAAUAAACGCGAAUACGCAAAGGUAAGCAGGCUUUGAUACACGUUACUAGUACACUGUUAUGUGCGACCUUCCAUAUGACGGGGUAGGGUCAGGCAUAUGUGUUUCGGGAAAAACUAAAGAUACUCAAGAGCCACUGACCGUGAGUAAAUAUCUAGAAUUUUCCUAAAGGACCCUUUUAAUGAACCUUUUCCAAAAUUAUAUCGAAAAGUUCUAUCGCGCUUUGCGUUCUGCAAAAAUUCGAAAAGAAUGUACACCACAACGCUAUACAUUUCCUAAAGAUCAUUUACUGGAUCUGACGUAACGACAUAACGUAAUCCGGACAAGAGUCGUUUGCGGUUGAUUAAGUGAGAAUUCAAUGAAUCACCCAAAAUUUGACGCGCAUUCGUAUUCAUAGCAAACUUCACAUUUACCUGUCGGUGGAAUCUUGAUAUUUAUAGUCAGUGGUUUGUCAGUGCUCUUCAAAUGUGAUUCGGUCUGGCAUCAACGAUUUAAUCGCUCUUCUGUCUCCGGAAAAAUUUACAUUCUGGGGUAUACCAUCCGUUACGGACGAUUUCCCGGGUGAAUUCGAUACGAUAAACGGUAGGCAAACAUUAACCUUUUAUCUGAUGUAUUUACGACAUCGUAACGAUAAUUCGAGAUUAGAGAUUGGGCCAUGUUCGAAAUUAAUUCGAAAAAGUCAAUCUCGAUCCUGUAACGCAAUAAUAACUACACGAAAAUAUCACGCGAAAUUGUCACGGAUAAGUUCCGAGCUGAACAUUAUUAUGGACAUCUGUAGGGUUUGUAAUUGGUGACCUCCAUUUAGGCUAAUUCGAUUAACACUUCUCCCCAAUUCUUGGGAGAGUAUGGUUUUAGUCCUGAAGAUCCUUUCAAAUUCGAAUUCACAAAGGGAAGCCGCGAUGAACUCAGCAGAAACGAAUAAGGCCUAAGAAAAGACAAAGUUUUGAAAUUGGUAGUUACUUGGUUUUUCCAGUCCACAUUUUUUUCUCAGUAAGAUAAGCCAACUGUUUUUCACAGGAUGUGGACCGACAUCACGACGUAAUAAAAACCAAAAUUACGUUAAGUCGCGAUCAUUUACUUGUAGUAAGUAUUCUUCGGUCACCCUACGAUGAACUACGGAGUAGCUACUAAUAGAUUCAGUCAACGGAAACAGCGAUAAGUUCCGGUAGUGUGGGCCUCUUGGCUGGAGUUUUAAUCUUACUUAUUGCCAUUGAUGUAGAAGAUAGUAACAAUAAUGGACGAAUACUAUAUCAUUAUUAUCAUCAUUGUCAUUGCCAUGUUAAUAUUGUUCAAUAGGUUCAUUUAUCUUAAUUUUUUAAGCAUCAAAUGUCAAUUUUGAAUAAGUGUUAGCAUCCUUUACAGUUUAGUGACCUUGGACCAAACUGUCAGAGAGAUGACUGCAGCACUUGAGGCCAUGAAAAGCGUGCACAGCUCAAUGGUGUUUAGCAGAGACAGGUUUACCCGAUUUCACAUUUCGUAUAUUUUUAUUGUGAUUCUUGAAAAAACUGUUAGGACUGCAAAUCACAUCGCAGGUUUUCUAGCAUGUAUAUAAUUCCGUUUACAAAUAUAUAUACCAUCAUCACAGAAAAGUCUGACACUUGAUUCUGGUAGAGAAAGAUUUCCUGAUCAACGUGUGGUAGUUCGUAGAGUUGAAUUGAACUGGAAACGAGGCUGAGAUCUAAAUUGACCCUUGAGCUCCCAAUGGACAAGCGAAUGCGACUAAAAAUUGAUGGAAACUUCACAGCAAAAUAAGUAGACGUGAAAUAUGCGAAAAGAUGAUGACGAGGAACGUCACGUGACUGCUAACGUCAGCAUUUUUAUCUUAUUCUAGUAGAAAUAUCAAGAAGGUAGCUACCUUAUUACUAUUACCUCAGUAAAUUGAUCUUAUUUGCAUCUGGAAUUUCAAUGUCUUUUUAAGCUUGUUGGAGCAGAAUUGAAAACGAGGCAAUACAAUAGAAAGAGAAAUGUAUCUUUGGCAAAAUGUUAAUAAGACGCAAACACAAAAAUAGAUUGAAAACGAAAGGAAUUACAAUCUGCAUUAAAAACGACAUUUUUGAAUCUGCAAAGUAUGUUUCGAUGCUACUGAUGCCAUCAUAAGUGGCUCACUUUCCUGAAAUUUGAUUGGUUACUGUAAACAAGCCUUGAAAUAUGAUUGGUUGUUUUCUUAUUAGUGAAGCUUCCUCAUUGGCUAAGAAAAAGAUGCGAUUUAAAGCAAAAACUGAUGCGAUUUGUGAAUAAAUCGCACCAAUUAGAGUCAAUCAGAUUAUAGGGACCCCCAGUGAUUUCAAAAUGGGUGUAGUAAGUUAGUAUAUCGCGUACUUUUAGGAUUGUCUUACGUUAGAUUGUUACGUUAGUAUCUCGCGCACUUUUAGGAUUCUUUUUCCUUAGAUUUUUACGUUAGUAUCUCGCACACUUUUAGGAUUCUCUUUCACUGGAUUGCUACGUUAGUAUCUCGCGCACAUUUAAGAUUCUCUCUCAUCAAAUUGUUACUUUAGAUUAUCAUAUAAACUACGGUGUUAUACAAGGAUUUCCAGCCCAGCAAAAAAGAAAUACCAUAUUUUUCACGUGUGAUUGAUAUCGCAAAUCAGCUGCUGACACGUCACUCGUAUUAAGCGCCACCCGGUCAGGUUGAUGAAUUUAGGGCAAAGCCUUCACCAUUCCGCUCAAUCCUUCAUUGUUUGUCGGAAUUUUCCCGGAUUAUGGCUGCUAAAACAGUGAAAUAUCCGUAUACUUUAUAGACAGUGACGUUAAACUUUUCUAGAAGGGGAAGGAAACCAAAAUACGAAGAGAAAAUCAGAAAGUUACGCAUUCAGUGGCUUUGUUGAUGGCAUUUUUCGCGGCUGAGAACGAAAAUCAACAACUAAAAGAUUUGCCACCAGCCGAUUUUGGCGGUGUACCUGAAAGAUUUCUUCUGUCGGUAGGGACCAAUUCAAUAACUGAGAAUUUUGUUGCACGGUUACUUUUAGAUAUGAAAUUUUGUUAUGUGGGUAUCUCCCGCGCUUUUACGAUUCUCUUUAAUUGGAUUGUUACGUUAGUAUCUCGCGCACUUUCAGAAACUCCUUCAUUCGUGAGUUACUUAAGUAUCUCGAGUACUUCUAAGAUUCUCUUUCAUUGGAUUGUUGCGUUUGCUUCUCGCACACUUGAAGGGUUUUCAUCCAUUCAAUUGGAACGUUAGUUUUUUGGUUACUUUCACUAUUUCAAACAUAGAGCGAAGAUAAAAAUGUCGUCGAUCUCGAGGGAAUCAUUAAUAAUCUGGCGAAAACUACCAGUGAUGAUUUUUGUGCUAAAAGCUAUCGAAAGCUUUCAGGACAUUCGACGUGAUCUAAGCGUGAUCACAGUUGUGAUCUUGUCGAUGGACAGAAACAGUGCGUAGUUGUGUGUACAAAGACAAGUCAUCAAUAAAGUCAGCCAUCUUUUAAUAUUAUAGGCCAGUUAACCAUCCGAAGGAUUCUUCCAGAUCUUAAGCUCUUGGUAGCAAGCGACUAAAGUAUACAAAUUCUUUAAACCGUUUGACGGUUAAUAUUGAUUUGCAUUUUGGACGGUUGACCGUAAAAAUCUAUCCUCUUUGAUUGCUGACGGUUAAACUCCAUCGAAAACCUCUUGCAAAUGCUCAUGUUACAGUUUGAAUUUUACUUAACAAAUGCGUUAUCGAACCACGACGUAAGAUUGCUCUAUACAGAAUCGUGAACUGAUUUAAAAACUUGUUGCGCAGGGAGAGUGGUAUUUUAAAGUAAUCCACAUAAAACCAAAACAAUAUUAACUACAGUAGAAUGAUAAUAGUAAAUAUAUAUACGUAUAGGUAGUAGCAUGACUUCGAGUGCAAUUUAGUGUAAACAAGUACGUGUAAAUUUUUCAAAGACAACAAAAUUGCACGAGUCCGUAGGGCGAGUCCAAAUUGUUGUCUUGAAAAACAUACAAGUGCUUAGAUGCACCAAAUUGCAUUCAAAAUUAUGUUAUUACUUACUAAUAAUUAACAUGAAAAAAUCAUCCCAGAAAAUAAAGACAAACAAAAUUUUUUUGCGCUUAUGUUACAACUUUGCAGUCGUGUUACAUGAAGAAUGCACUUGUUUUCAGCUAAUCAGAAGCGCGUAAUUUUUCAAGUGUAUCAUUAUUGUACCUAGUAUGUAUUUAAACAGGGUACAAUAUUGCAUAAAGAGAUGAUUUUGACUCAUUUAUUCCUGCAACCGUUAGUAUACUUUCCGGUGCAAUUCCCGCGCGUGUUGCUGGGAGGUGGAUGGCAAAAGAAAUCCUUCAAGGAUGCACUUGAGAAUACCACUUCUGUCCGCCUGUGCUUCUGUUAUGUUCUAUUCAAAUUUUUCAGGACUCUGUUAGUCUUACAUCGUGAUUCGAUGACCAAUUUUUAAAGUUAAAUUCAAACUGUAACGCGAGCAUUUCGAACUGAGGUGGGAUGAACUGAAAGGGUACCAACAAUGUCGUAAAAUGUUUCGCAAACUUAAAAAUGUGUUUCAUACGACACCUUUUUAUGAACGUUUUUUAUUUUAAGCAUUUGACCGAAGGUACACCGCUCUUCAGAUUUGUCUCGUUUUCAAGUCUGCGCCAACAAGCUUAAGAUACUAUUUGAAAAGAUAUCGGAAUUUCAGGUACAAAUAAGAUCAAUUUACUAAGGUAAUGGUAAUAAGCUACCUACUUGAUAUUUUUAUUAGAAUAGGACAAAAUACCGACGUCAGCGGUCACAUGACAUUACUUAUCGUUAUCUUGUCAAAUAUGUCACAUCUACUUGGCUGUGAAGUCUCCUUUAAUUUUUAGUCGCGUUCGCUUAUCUAUCAGGAGCUAAAAGGACAAUUUAGGUCUGGGUCUCGUUUCCAUGUUGAAAUAUAAAGCGUGUGACAAAAAAACUCUCUAUUUUGAAACGCAUACCACAGUUCAACUCUACGAACUACCACACGUUGAUCAAGUGGUAUUUCUCCAUCAGAAACUAGUGUCAGCCCUUUUCUUUGGCGAUGGUUAGACGACUGAAACUUUUUAUUUCGGUAUCUGCUUCCUCACGCUACAUUUGUGAUAUUAGGUACGUGGAGAGAGAAUUGAAGGAAAAGGAAGAUACAAUAGAGGAGAAUAAAGAACAGUUAAAACUGGUGGAAGAGGAGUGAGAACACCUAAAUUUAUAUCCUAAUAAGUAAAAUAGCCACUUUUAAGAUUUAUAAAAUUGGCCUCUAAACUGCCAUGGUUAGUGUUCCUCAAAACCAGCACUCCUAAGACUCAUUUAACUGCCACUUGCUUGUGGAGCUCCAUAAAUAGGAGACUAUGGUCACCCAUUUGGCCGACCAAAUUUGCUCAUGACGGUAACCGUAGUUCCUACUUCCGUACAUCUAGUUUGUAAGUAGCCUUGGUUGUCUACUUAUUACGCAUGGAAGCCAAAGAAGUAAAGAAAAAAGUUUGUUUUACUCUUCGUCUCCACUGAGAUAAGAAGUUCUGAGUUUCAGAAGAAUAGCAGAGAUAUGCCUAAGGUUAUUAGAUCACAAUUAAAGGUACAUCAAAGUGGUUUAAAGAACGGGUAAAAUCUUGAAAGAAUGAAACUUUAAAGAUUUUCAAUCUGAGUGUUGAUAUGCCUAUGAUAUGACUAUGUCUAACUGAAUAAUUCACGUUAUUCAAAUAACUUUCGACAUUUUCAAUGCAUUGGUAUAUUGCCCAAGCGAAUGUGCCACUCCUGCAACCUCAAAGAAAUUCAGAAUUCUUGACUUGAAAUGAAAAUCUCUAAUCUGAUUUCGAGACAUUUUUUAUAUAAAAUAUGAUUUAACGUGAAAUUUUAUCAAAAGGUUUCCAGUAAAAUGACGUACAUUUGAAGCUAGACAAAUCCAUAACAGCAAAACGGCAAAGGGCAACACAACUGUUACAAAUAAAUUCCCUGGCUCUAAAUUGAAAUUUCAGUUAUUAAUGCAGUUAUUGUUUCCAUAGAUUAUAAAUGUAUUUAAGCUACCCCUAAAUUGCAUUUCAAAAAUAAAUUUGACGCGGAAAAAAUUGUUAAAUAGAGGUGCUUUAGCUGAUACUAGUGUCAGAAUGCCCAAUAAUUGCUUCCCAGAAAUAAGUGUUGGCAAAAACAAUUUUGAUGCUUUAGGAUUUACAUUAGAAGACACAAUGUGAAGAGUGCGAUUUAGUUGGCUUUAAUAAAAUUUUGCGGUAUAUGAAGAAGCUCUUUCUUUUCUUAGGAAUCUGAAACUCAAAGAAGAAUUGAAGAAAAAGGAAAAAGAGGCAAAGGAGAAAAUUGCAAAGCAAGAGGAAAGGUAAAUUCUCAAAUUAUAUAAUUUAAAAUUUGUUUACAUUUCACUGUAUUUUCAUACCAUCUCACUAGUAUAAAUUGAAUUUGACACAGCACGGGAGCAGCGAGUCUAAUCUUAACGGCCAAAUGAUUGUGUAUCAUACUCUCAGUUUUGUAGCGCAUUAGAUAGCAGCACCCAACUAGCAUCCGGGAGUCACGGGUUCGAAUCCUGUCCUAACUUAAAUUUCUUCAGGCUUCUUUUAUUCAAUUUCAAUAAUUGUAGCUCACCUAAGAGGAAUUUUUAUUUACUUGAGUAUAAUUCCAACAUGACUGGGUGUUAAAAACCAACCAGUCAGUAGAGAGGCAUUUUGUCCGGGCAUGUUUUAUAAAUUGUUUGUUUGAUGCGAGUAACCGCUGGUAUUUGCUUGUGUCGGUUUCCUGCUGAAGACCAGAAGAGAAGCAGGAAAAUACUGUACUUCGUAAAACAACAAUGGAUCGAAUAAUUGACACAAAAUUUCUGUCAUGUUUCCCUCUGUACCCUAGAUGGAAGCGUUACAGUCUUAAAAUUGUUGUGUGGUGUGCAAAGAAAGAUGACGUUUCUACCUGAGAUAUAGUCGUCAAAUCAAGGGAGAGCUUGUUAGAAAUGGAGGAAUAGUUAUAGAUUUUAUCAGAGUAAAGAAACCUUUUUUGAAUCAUUAGUCUCGGAAAUAUCAUCAGUUAUGGUCAUGGAUGUGACAAAUUUCAUCAAAAUUUGAAGAAUUUAUUUUGGUCAACUACCACUAAGCCUCAACAGAUGAUCGAGAAUUACACCACGGGUGGAGAGGUGUGUACAAAGGCAAGAGAGACCACCCUGUUGCCCAAUGAGCUCAAACGUAUAACCAGUAAUAAUUGAAAAUUAUUGGACAAGUUGCGUGGAGAGAGCAAAAGACUGAUAAUUUAAGCAAGUAGUAAGCUUUUGGUAUUGAUAACAACUUUUUGAAUACCAGCUGCCACAGUUCGUUCUGUCAAUAGUACCAACUCCACGUAUUGGCAUGGGGUCACUCCACAUCUCCCUAAACAACAAAGAACAUAAAAAAUAAGUCUAACAAAGUGAAAUGCAAGUCAAAAUGGUUUGAAUACGUAUGAACCUGAAAUUCGUUUUGAAAUACGACAGAAAUAGUGUAGUCAACAUUUCAAAGAAACUAAGAGUUGCAGCCCCUUGGGUAAUUAUCAAUUUGUUAUCCCUAGUCUCAUAUAUUUUUAGAACCAGAGAAAGUUUGAUUAUGUUAAUCUGCGAGCUUCAUAGUGCACUUCGACUCAAAAGUCAUUUCACAAGAAAGAAGCAUUCUACUGAAACAUACAAGACAGAAUGAAGCUGAAGGUAUUCGUUUCGAGUAACACAUGAACAUGAAGAAAACGAUACCAGUUUUAAACUCAUGCGACAAAGCCCACGUAUUUUUUUUUUUUUUGAGGUGAAUGAACUGGUUAGACCGAAAGCUUAAUAAACAAUGAACUGACUAUGGUGAGGAAUUGGGGGGGGCAUGUGAUAAAUAAGUUUUACCGAAGUUUUUCCUCUAGUUAGUAUUUGGGCUUGAAUGAGAAAAAUUCCCACCAGAAUACAGGAAAAAAUAAGAUAAAACCGGAGAUGACUGAAGCAAGACUAUAACCUUCGUUAAGACACGUGCCUACAUGCCAUGUACAACAGACUUGGAGAACUAAAAGACCAAAGACGGUUGUGAGCCAUUACUUGGAAAAUCCACCUAAACCUUACGAAAAGGAAUUUCGUUAAAGGUUGUAGUAAGAGCAACGCAAUCCUGAAGCGUUGUGCAUUAUGUGACUACAAAGAGAAAGAAAAGAAGCUCAGGGGCACCUCGAACUUAACGCAAUUUUAUUUCAAAGUUGGAGCAAAAUCAAAUCAAAUUAUAAAUUAUCUUCUUUCAUCGUAACAAAUAUCUCACAAUCUUAUCUGAAAAAAGCGUGGUGAUUCAAAAAAGUAAGACAUUAACAUCUUAAGGCUAACUUUCAACGUUUGUUGUCUCAUGUGCACAUCUUGAUCAUCAGGAAACCCAAUCUCAAACUUCAAGUUUUCGGCCUUUUAACGCGUUUUGUUCGCACUUUUUUCACUAAAAUAUCCUCAUCCCAAGAGUCAGCAAACACCAUAGGUAUCCACAGAGUUAGAAAUGGUUGCAAACUUGGCAUAUUCUCUUGUCCCUCUUCAAAAUUAUCAGAAAAAGGUGGCCAUAGCCCAGCUGAAAAUACGCGGAAGCGCGCUGAAAACAUCAGAGUGGCGCCGAACGGGCAAAAUUUAAAUCAAUCUCGCGUAUACGCAGACAAAAUGCAUCUCUACUCAACCAGUCACAGUGGAGCGUUAUCCUCCCUUAGGUGACACUAAACCAGUCAAUCACUCGACUGAAAUGUCACGAUUCACGUGACAAAAGAUAAUAACCCAGUGAGUAUACGAUAAAAGCGCAAGAUAUUGUUUGUAAUUUGCAUUUGAGUUCAAUCUGAUGAUAGCUUUUCCAUGAAUCCCUUCUCGUUUAGCUCUUUUCUUUGACUUGACUUAUCAAAUCUUCUUAUCGUCAGAAUCGCGAGACUCGAAAGGGAACAGGAGAAGAAGGAAAGGCAGAUUAUAGAAAUAACGAGAGAAGAAAAGGAAAAGUGAGUGCUCACUAGAAGCUAAACCUUGUUGACAGGAUUUUGAACGUUUAAAAAAUUUAGUUGACUCUGAAGCCCUUUUCAGAAGAGACGAGCCUUCAAUUUAGGACUGAACACUAACGGUACAGGGGAGGAUUUUCCAUGAUGAAUGGAUAGUUUAAGAGUCAUUGGUAAUUGUUCGAUGUAAAUAAUUUGCCUACAAAUGAUAAUGGUGAUUUUUAGACAUUAGAUAAAUACUGUAUUUUUGAAGUUGAUUGAUAUGUUUAUGUCGUCUUUGGUUAACUCGUCAUCAGUGAGUGAUCGAAAUGAGAUCUUUAAUUCUUUAUUGCUAGAACUGAAGGCCUGACAAAUGAACAUCAGAAGGAGGUCGAUAAAUUGUUACGCGAAAUACAGGCAAUGAAAGAAAAGUAAGUCUAUAUCAACCGUCUGAUUGAAUCAGUAGAAUCGGCUCGGAAAAAACAAAAAUUGAGUCUUGUAUUUUAGUUUUAGCUUCCGUUUUUGUUAAUUUUUGCGAAAAGAGUAUCUCUAGAGUUGGACAGGGUUCUUGAUGACAAUUUUCUUCGACGAAGCUGCAGUCGUCCACCGCAAAAUCUUGACGCGUUUAAAGUCAAUUUGUGUUGAGUCUAUUUAAAGCGGAUUUUACAUCAGAUUUCACGCCUACAAAAAGGAUUUCACUUAUUCUUUGUCUUAUCUUAAAGGUUAUUGAAGAAAAGUGACUAUAUCCAGAAAAUGUAUGAGGAUUACAACAAGAAUCUUGCCGAUCAUAAAUCCAGGUUUGAAUGCCAAGUCUCCAAUGCCAAUUUUUGGUAUUUUUCUUGCCAUUGAUAAACGCAGGAACAAAGCGAAACGAGUACUUUUGAAUAUAGAUCAUUUUAAUAUAUCUGCUGCUCCAGAGGCAAAUAAUCAGAGCCUUUUAUUUUUUCCAAGAGUCCGUAUUCAGCUAGAACAUCAAAAAAGAAAUUUUGAUUGUUUCGGUGGAAAUGUGUGAUUUGGUUGCCGAGAAAUCUCGCCAGUGUGUAUUUUGUACGCUUAGAAUUCGUUCUGGUAAUAAAGAAAACCUAAAUAUUUGGUACAUAUGAGCUCCUGCCCAUUUGAGAGGGUCACCAUAUGUACUGUUCAAAUUUACAAACACACGAGAUUAGAGCUCGAGUGAGUUGUUCUGCUUUUGAAUCUUUUUUCAUAGAAAUGACGCUCUUCUUAAGGAACUUGAAAAGAGGGAGGAGGAAAUCGCGAAGUAUACUCAGAUGUAAGUUAAAAGGCAAAUUGUAAAUCACCUAGUUUUAUAGAUGCCGUGCUCGCCCCACGAAUCUUAAUACUCUGUUCAACGUCCACGCAAAAUCACUGUGCAGUUAAAACAAACAUUGAUUUAUGGCUGGAAUCCUCGCCCCAGCAGCACUUGUUCUAAUGUGUAUCUGUGGGGUCACAUGACCACCGUUUCACGUGAGCAGAGCGUAAUUGAAGGUGCGUGACAUUCUUACUUUGUAGCAUUUCUAGGCUUUUGUACACGUUUUUGUCUCCCAACUAAAAGACAUUUAGAUGCUCAAAUUAGGCUAAUCAUUCCACCACAAGUUUCCACAGAGUUAGAGAUGGUGGUAAACUUGGCAUGUUCUGUCAUUCCUCCUCAAAAAUUAUGAGAUAAAGGUGGGGAUAGCUCAGUUGAAAACCCGUGGAAACGCGCUGAAAAUAUCAGAACGGCGCCGAACGGGCAAAAUUUGAAUUAAUCUUGCGCAUGCGCGGACAAAAAGCCUCUCUGCUCAACCAGUCACAAUGGAACGUUAUCAUUACCUAGAUGACACCAAACCAGGAAAUCACUCGACCAAAACGUCUCGAUUCACGUGGGAAGAAAUUUCAUUGAAACUCUCAAGAUGUUUUUUUUAAUAAAUGACAAUAAUGUUUACUACGGUAUAAGAUUUUGCUUUGUAAUUUGCAUAUGGAGUUCAAUCUGAAGAUAGCUUUUCUAUGAAUUCCUUCUCGUUUAGUGCUUUUCCUUGACUUGACUUAUCAAGUUUGCUUAUCGUCAGAAUCGCGAGGCUCGAAAGUGAACAGGAGAAGAAGGAAAGGCAGAUUAUAGAAAUAACGAGAGAAGAAAAGGAAAAGUGAGUGCUUACUAAAAGCAAAACCUUGUUGGCAGAAAUUUGAACGUUUCGUAAAUUUAGGGUGACUCUAAAGCCCUUUCCAGAAGAGACGAGCUAAUAACUUAGGACUGAAAUCUUACUGUAGAAGAAAGGAUUUUCCAUGAUGAAGGGGUAGUUUAAGAGUCAUUGGUAAUUUUAUUGGUGCAAAUAAUUUACAAUGUAAAUGAUUUACAUGUAAAUGAUAAUGGUGAUUCUUAGACAGCAGAUAAAUAGUGUAUUUAUGAAGUUGAUUAAUCUGUUUAUGUCUUCGCUGGUUAACUCUUUAUCAGCGAUUAAUCUUUUUUUAUCUGAAAUGAGAUCUUUAAUUCUUUAUUGCUAGAACUGAAGACCUGACAAAUGAACAUCAGAAAGAGGUCGAUAAAUUGUUACGCGAAAUACAGGCAAUGAAAGAAAAGUAAGUCUAUAUCAACCGCCUGAUUGAAUCUGUAGAAUCGGCUUGGAAUAAACAAAAAUUGAGUCUUGUAUUCCAGUUCUAGCUUCCUUUUUUGUUAAUGUACAUUUUUUACACUUUAACAUCGAUUUUACUUAACCGGUAUCUCUAGAGUUGGACAGGGUACUUGAUGACAAUUCUCUUCGUUUAGGCUGUAGUUGUCCAUCGCAAAAUCUUGACGCGUUUGAGGUCAAUUUGUGUUGAGUCUAUUUAAAGCGGAUCUUAGGUCAGUUUUCACCAGGCUUGAAUGGCAAAUCAAAUCUAAAAACAGUUAUUCUUAGCAUUUUUCUUGCCAUUGAUAAAAGAAGUUCCAAAGCGAAGUGAGUACUGUUGAAUAUUGAUCAUUUAAAAUAUCUACUGCUCCAGAGGCAAAUAAUAAGAGCCAUCUAUUUUUUUCAAGAGUCUGUAUUCAGCUAAAACAUCGAAAGAGGAAUUUUGAUUAUUUCCGGGUGGAAAUAUAUAAUUGGGUUGCAGAGAAAUCUCGCCAGUGUGAAUUUUUUGCGCUUAGAAUUAAUUCUGGUAUUACAGAAAGGUUAAAGUUUUAUUAGGCAACUAAAUCGGGACAAUGGUGAGUACAUUUAAGCUUCUGCCCAUUUGAGAGGGUUACUAUGUCUACCGAUAAAAUUUACAAAAACACACAAGAUCAGAGUGAGUUGUUCCGCUUUUAAAUCUCUUUUCACAGAAAUGACACUCUUCUUAAGGAAAAGGAGGAGGAAAUCACAAAAUACACUCAGAUGUAAGUUAAUAGACAAAAUGUAACUCACCUAGUUAUGUAGAGUACACGCUUUGUUUCCCCACUAAAAGAUAUCCAAAUCCUCGGAUUUGGCUAAUCAUUGCGAAACUUUCCUUUUUGAGUUAUGAAAAAAAAAAAAACUAAAAAAACAAAAAACAGAAAAACUCUACGUUAGCGUUCAAAGAGUGGUAUGUUGUUUGCACCAAUCAGAUCGUUUGGGGUAUGUAUCUCGCACCAAUCAGACGCCGUAUAAGGGUAUGUAUCUCGCACCAAUCAGAGCGUCGCCUUUGUUCUUUGGUUUGAGAGGUGUUCAAAUUUGAAUGAAGUAAUGGGGGAUUCGGAGAGAGCGGUUCGUAAAAUGGAAUCAUCUCAUAGAAUGAGAAAUAUUUGAUUUUCUGUAUUUUAACGUGUAUUUUACGGCGCUUUAUGAGAAAUGCGAUACUACUGGACAGAUGAAAGAUAUCAGAUUACCUGUAGUAACCGUGUUACGCGUGCUGUGAAAAUGGUUGAUAGUUGUUCGAGAGAAAAUGGAGUUCUGUGCACUGUAGCACGAUCAUGGUUGUUGUUCCUUCACGACAAUAGAGGGUAGAAAAAUUUUGAAUCAGAUCAGAUAUUGCUCUAGGUGUUGAUGAAUUGCACCAAACAUUUUGAUUUGAUUAGUUCUCUUACGGCAAGCUGUGUUGCAAGAUUCAUGAUUUGCUGAGUGUGCCGAUUAUAUUUUUCUGGAUUGGUUUGCUCGGUGCUAUCUCUAGACGAAUGUGUGAUGAAAAUUAACUAUGGACGAUUUUGUGUAUGUUUUCGAUGCCUGGAAAAAUUGAUCCUGUGGAGUUGUUUGUGUUUGGUCAAGUACGAAUUGAUUUUGUUAUCUGGAAUGAAUGAUUUACGGAGGUAAGUUAAUAUGACGUGAUCUACUAACGUUGAAAAUAUUUCAAGUGGAAGGAACAAUUUUGGUCUCGGACCGCAUUUUUCUCAAAAUAAACACAUACCGCUUAAACAGAUAAUAAUACAGACGAUGUGCAAAGCUGUCAAUUGUUUCUCGAAUAUUGCACAUUACAUCUACAUCUACUUUUAUUAAGUUGGUAAAAUCUGUGCAGACAUCACACCAACCAACUCGUGCGCAAAGUGAGAAGACUAUAAGAAGACUUGAAAUUAUAUUAAGAUCGAUUUUGAUCAAGAAACGGGCCAGGAAUAUUCCACAAUAGUGCAAAUAAUCGUGAAAGCCGAUCGCGGAAAAGCGAUUGCGUGACGCAACGGUAAGCUAUAACAUGACAUGUUAUUACCUACCAGACGAAAAAACUCUUUAGACUCACAGUCUGCGUUUUGUACCCACUCUGCAAUCUGUAGUCUAUAUUUUGUACCUAGUCUACAUUUUGUAUCCGGUCUGCAGUCUGCAGUCUGCAUUUUGUACUAACAGGUAUCCGUGGCACCAAUACAGUUUAUUUUUGGUGACAGUUAUUCGCACAACACACACAAUCUACCACAAAAUUAAAAUUACUUCGACAUUUUCGUUGUUUUCCGCGUUAAUGCUCUUCUUUCCGUUUGUAAAAAUGUACCCAACCCAAAAAAAAAACUCUUACAUGCAUAGCAUGCCUAUGUUUAUUAACCUUAGCAGGGUGUCAAAUCGCGUUGAAAGGUAAAAGCGUUGUGUAACAAACAAUUAUAAAAAUCGCUCUCACGCUUGUUUCAGGACCUUUAAGAGUAACUUACUAAAAUGCAAUGGCUUAUAAAUACAGGUGUUUAGUGUUUACUUGUAAAACUCUCUGGAGAAGUCUAUGACAAUUCGACGAAACGCGUCGGAAAUUAAAGCAAGUUUUACAACAACUAUUCGCAGAGGGCUGCUCACUGGUUUAGUUUUACUAUUAUUUCUUUAAACUGUGCCACAAACGACCCAUUUUUAAGAGUCGAUUUAAAGAGUGCGAUUUAAGUUGGUUUGAAGCAUAAUUGUACGGUAUAUGAAUAAGCUCUAUCUUUUCUUAGGAAUCUGAAACUCAAAGAAGAAUUGAAGAAGAAGGAAAAAGAGGCAGAGGACAAAAUUAAAGAGCGAGAGGAAAGGUAAAUGUAAUUUAAAUUUUUUUUACAUUUCACUGCAUUUUCAUAACGUGUCACUGCUAUAAAUUGAAUUUUAGAGUACAGGAGCAACGAUUCCAAUAUUAACGGCCAAAAGAGUAUGAACGUAAUAGACUAAAAUCCUCCAUAUUGGCCUUCCACCAAAAAUCAUCUCUCCAAAUUUAUUUAACACUUUUAUUCAUGUUCUAGACUCAACGUACUUUCCGUAAUCAGACAUAUUUUUAUACAUCUGUUUGGUGCUAAUAACCUUAUAAGUCAAUAGACUUUCAGUUACUAUAUAUCUUGUAGAACUUGUUGAUCCUAGAAAACUUAAUGGGGCCUUAAAAUGAUUGGGAUUAUGGGUUACCAUUAAGGUGAUCUCUGAUCUCUUAUCUGACUUUGAUUUUGAUCAGAUUCCUUCACGGGAACAAAGAACAGUUCAAAAUUUGCAAUACUCUCACAUGCAGUUUUCUUGCUAGUAGCACCCGACUAGUAGCACCCAACUAGGCUUCUUUUCUCCAAUUACUAUAGCUCACCGGCGAGGAUUUUAAUUUUUAUUGACUAGGGUAUAAGUCCAACAUGAUUUGCUGUUAAAACCAACCAGUCAGUAGAGAGGCAUAUUGUCUGCGCAUGUUUUGUACAUUUUUUGUUUGAUGCGAGUAACCGCUGGUAUGCGCCUGCGUCGGUUUCCCGCUAAAGACUAAAAGAGAAGCAGGAAAAUACGUCGGAAAAUAACAAUGGAUUGAGUAUUUGACAGAACCAUUUUUGUCAUGUUUCCCUCUGUAACUUAGAUGGAAGCGUCAAAGUCUUAAAAUUGUUGUGUGGUGUGCGGAAGGAAGUGAUUUUCAAAAGGCAAAAGAGUAUGCAAACGACUUCUAGUCUUGUUUUAUGAUUGUUUGGGCGAUCAAUGUCGAUGAUGUUAUUUAUGAAGGAUGCGAGAGGCUUGUUGAAGAGCAUAGACCUAUUGGAUAGUACUUUAAUCGUGUCAUCGCUAUCUCAAGUUACCGUUGAUUGUUUCAAGCACUCACUUUCCUGUUUGCGUUUUGUAGAGCUUCCACUGCUAGUGCAAUUUACUUUCAAUUUAAGCGAAAUAUGAAAGUUUUCAGAAAUUUGUGUUUUGUUCGAAAUGUUUUUUUUAUUUGGCACGAAUCACAACUGGCCGGGCCGAUUAUGAAAACAAAAAAGGUCAAUGUCGAGUAAAGAAAGGUAAGACAACGUUUCUACUAGAGAUAUAGUCGUCAAAUCAAAGGAGAGCUUGUUCAGAAAUAGAGGAAUAGUUAUAGACUUUAUCAGAGUAAAGAGACCUUUUUUGAAUCAUUAGUCUCGGAAAUAUCAUCAGUUAUGGUCAAUGAUGCGACAAACUUCAUCAAAAUUUAAAGACUUAAUUUUGGCUAAAGUACCCCUAAGCCUCAACAGAUGAUCGAGAAUUGCACCAUGAAUGGAGAGGUGUUCCCUGUUGCCCUAUGAGCCUAAAAGUGUGACCUGUAAUAAUUAUUUAAGUUAAGGCAAGUUGCGUGGAGAGAGCAAAAGACUGAUAAUUUAAACCAGUAGUAAGCUUCUGGUACUAAUAAAAAUUUCUUAAAUAGCAGCUUGCCAUAGUAAAUGCCACAGCUAUCCGUUACGUCAAUAGUACCAACUCUAUGUAUUGUCGUCACUUCACAUCUCCCUAAAAAGCAGAGAACAUAAGAGUUAAUUCCUAUCAUCAGUCUUAACUAUUGAAGAAAUAAAAAUUGAAGGAUCAAGACAUUUAUAGCAAAGUGAAAUGCAAGUCAAACUGGUUUGAAUACAUUUUAAGCCUGAUAUUCGUUUUAAAAUAUGACAGAAAUAGUGUAGUCAAUAUCCCAAAGAAUCAAAGAGUUCCAUUCCUUUGAGCAAUUAUCAAUUUCUUAUCCCUACUCUCAUAUUUUAAGAAGAAAAGAAAAUUUAAUUAUAUUAAUCCGAGAGCUUCAUAAUGCACUUUGACUCAAAAGUCAUUUCGCAAGAAAGAAGCAUUCUACUGAAAUAAACAAGACAGAAUGAAGCUGAAGCCAUACGUUUAAAAUAACACACAAACACGAAAAAAACAGUUUAAACCCAUGAGACAAAGCCUACGCAUUUUUUUUUUUCAGGUAAAUGAACUGGUUAGACCGAUAGCUAAAUAAACAAUGAACUGACAGUGGUCAGGGAUUUGGGGGCCAUGUAAUAAAUAAGUUCUAAUGAUUAGUUUUUUCCUCCUGUUAGCACUUUCAGCCUAAAUAGGCAGUUAGAAAAAUUUUCACCAGAAGACAGCGAAAAAAAACAAAAACAAAAACAAAACCGGAGAUGAUUGAGGCGAGACUUUAACCGUUAUUAAAACACAUUCCUACAUACCACAUGCAAUAGACUUGGAGAGCUAAAAGGCCAAAACGGUUGUUGACCAUGACUUGGAAAUUCCACAUAAACAUUCCAAAAACGAAAGCACCGAAGGUUGUAGUAAGACGAACGCAAUCCUGAAGCCGUGGAACAUUUUUUAAAGCCUUGUGUCCUAUGUGAAUACAAAGAGAAAAAGGGACAAUGUUAUUUGAAGUGAUUUGAAUCUUGGGGGCCAAAGCGAACUGAACGCAAUUUUUCUUUGAAAUUGAGGUAAAAUAUGAUCAAAGUCUAAAUUAUCUUCCUUUAUCGUAGCAAAUAUCUCACGGCGUCUCCAAAUAAAACUUUGUGAUUCAUAGAAGUAAGACAUUAAUAUCUUAGGACUAACUUUCAAGGUUUGUAGUCUCAUGUGCACAUGUUGAUCGUCAGUAAAUCAAAUCUCAAACUUCAAGUUUUCGGUCUUUUUUCGCGUUUUGUUCGCACUUUGAUCACUAAAGUAUCCUCAUCUGAAGAGCCAGCAAGCACCAUGAGUUUCCAAAGAGUCAGAAAUGGUGGUAAACUUGGCAUAUUCUUUCAUCCCUCUUCAAAAAUUAUUAGAGAAAUAUGUCGAUAGCCUUGUUGAAAAUCCGCGGAAGCGCGCUAAAAACAUCAGAAUAACGUCGAACGGGAAACAUUUUAAUUAAUCUCUCGCAUGCGCGGACAAAAUGCCUCUCUGAUUAACCAGUCACAAUGGAGCGUUAUCCUCCCCUAGGUGAUACUAAAGCAGCCAAUCACUCGACCGAAACGUCACGACUCACUUGUUCAGUUGGGAAGAAAUUGCAUUGUGAGGCAAAAAGUAAUACUCCAGUGAUGUUUUAAUGAAUGAAAAUAAUACUUAUUACAAUAUUAGUGCAAGAUUUUGCUUUGUAAUUUGCAUAUCGAGUUCAAUCUGAUGAUAGCUUUUCCACGAAUUUCUUCUUGUUUAGUGCUUUUCUUUGACUUAGACUUAUUAACACUUCUGUUUUCUUGUCGUCAGAAUUGCGUUGCUCGAAGGUGAGCAGGAGAAGAAGGAAAGGCAGAUGGUAGAAAUAGCAAGAGAGGUAGAGGAAAAGUGAGUGCUAACUAGAAGCUAAACCUCGUUAGCAGGAUUUUGAACAUUUCGUAAGUUUGGGGUGACUCUGAAGCCCUUCCCAGAAGAGACAAGCUGAUGAUUUAGGGGUGCGAGCUGAUGAUUUAGUGCAAGGGAGGAGUUUACGUGAUGAGGGGAUAGUUUAGCAGUCAUUAGUAAUUCUUCGGUGUAAAUAAUUUAUCCACAUGCCAUGAUGGUGAUUUUUGACGGCAGAUAAAGACUCUCUUUAUGAAAUUGAUUAAUCUGUUUGUCUUCUUUGGUUAACCCGUUAUCAGUGAGUGACUUUUAUUUAAAAUGAGAUCUGUAAUUCUUUAUUGUUAGAACUGAAGGCCUGACAAAUGAACAUCAGAAGGAGGUCGAUAAAUUGUUACGCGAAAUACAGACAAUGAAAGAAAGGUAA